CACUACUAGUCAGUACGGCCUCAGAAAGUAUUCCAGUGUUAAACUAAAAAACAUAAAUACUACUCAGCCAAAUACGCCGUUUCCCACUCACUAUUGCUAGGAGACUUGGGCCCUGCUGUUAGUGGCAGCCGAUCGCUCUUGAAAUGAAAGCGGGUGUGUUGCACUGUCGAUGCUCUAAAUGUUUUUCGCUACCUGCGCGGAAGCGAGUCCGAAAGCAGGUCCCCUCUCUGACGCUUCUGUCCCUGCCCGAGGAGGUGUUGCUGUGUGUUCUCCACUGCCUCUCUGCUGAAGACCUACUGGCCGUUCGAACCGUGCACUCUCGGUUCCGUGAUAUUAUUGACAACAACUCAAGUGUCUGGGCGCGGGGUAGCUUUAAGGACAGCUGGCCAGCUCCAGACACUGUCUGGCUCUUUGAGAAGGCAGCAGAGAAAGGCAACUUUGAAGCGGCAGUAAAGCUAGGAAUUGCAUAUUUGUACAAUGAAGGACCGUCGCUCAACGACGAGGGCCGCGCUCAGCUGUGCGGCAUGAUGGCAGCACGUUACUUCGCCCUGGCUGAGAGCUUGCGCUCCCCCUUGGCUGACCCCUUCAUCUGGCUCUUUAUCCGGCCACCCUGGUCCCCCUCUGGGAGCUGCUGCAAGGCAGUGGUGUAUAACUAUCUUGAAACAGAGAGUGAUAACAAUAUGGUGCUGAGAGGAACUCUGCUGCACUGCCUGGCUAGAGUUCUCCAGCUGUUUGAUGACGAGGUGAAGCAAGCGACGGCUCUUGAGCUGUUGGAGGAGUCAGCGUGCUGUGGCAGUGUGCAGAGCUCGUACCUGCUGUGGGAGCAGAACCGCAGUGCAGCGCUGGUUGACCCCGGCAGGUACCUCCAGUGUGUACGCACUCUAAGGGACUACGCUACCAAAGGCUGCUGGGAGGCUCAGCUGUCUUUGGCCAAGUCAGUUGCCAGUGGCAGCCCCCUGGGACUGGAGGCUCGUACCUGCACUCACCUGGUCGCCCAGCUGUUCCACUCCUGUCCACUCCCCCAGCGACGCCUGGACGACCCGCACGCGCUGGACAUCAACGACACCAUGAGGUACAUCCUGGUCGAUUGGCUGGUGGAGGUGACCACCAUGAAGGACUUCUCCAGCCUGGCGCUGCACGUGGCUGUGGGCUGCGUAGACCGCUACUUGUCUCGCCGCUCAGUGCCCAAGGCUCGACUGCAGCUUCUGGGCAUCGCUUGCAUGGUCAUCUGCACACGGUAUAUCAGUAAGGAGAUCCUAACCAUUCGAGAGGCCGUGUGGCUCACCGACAACACCUAUCAGUAUGAGGACCUGGUCAGGAUGAUGGGCGAAGUCAUCUCUGUGCUGGAAGGGAAGAUCCGAACCCCCACUGUACUGGACUAUGGGGAGGUGCUGCAGUCUCUGAUGCCCAUGGAGCGGCGGAGCUCUCAUCUCUACAACUACGUGUGUGAGCUCUCUCUGCUCUACUCCGCCCUCGCCGUUCCUGGGCCUGCCCGCCUCGCCUGUGCCGCGCUGCUGCUCACACGAGCUCUGCACAAUUAUGCUCCAGUAUGGCCGAGUCAGCUGGUGGAGAACACGGGCUUUUCUAAAGAGCUCCUUGUGCCCGUUGCUUUGCUGCUCUAUAUCAAAUGCUUCAGCCAAGACACUCCCAAAGACUACAGACAUGUCUCCUUAACAGGUGUUAAGCAGAGAUUUGAGGGUGAUACACACCAGCAGAUUAGCAAAGAGAAAGUAAUGGGGUUUAAAGACGUGUGCCAGGUGCUGGAGGUCCCAGAGAUGGAGCCUCAGGUUGGAGCUCCCAGUUACAGUGGCCCUUCAGCAGACAUCCCCACCUUCCUGUCUUCUCCAUCUGGCAAGAGGCAAGAGGACAGCAUGCAGACCCACCGAGGCAGCUUUGUGGCCACACCCACAGCUGAGCUGUCCACUCAGGAGGAGACCCUUCUGGGUGACAUCCUGGACUGGAGCUUGGAUGCGUCCUGCUCAGGCUAUGAGGGUGACCAGGAGAGCGAGGGCGAGAGAGAAGCUGAAACCUCAGUGAUGUCGGUGCAGCUGCUGCUUUCCACAGAGCACGGCGACGGGCAGUCGCACUGCCGCGCUCUCUCCGACGACGAAGACGACGACGACGGCAUGUGCGCAGCCGAGGAUGCUUCCAGCAGCCGCGGCCGACCCUACUCCCAACAGCCUUUGUCCUCCUCCAGACGCCCACUGCGCGUAGAACUACACAGUUCUGGCUACUCGUCCGUCCAGAGCAGCAGCCCUGCCGUGUGUUCCCUGAUGCCCUGCUCCCUCUCCUCAGUCAGCCAGGCCUCGGUCUCCGCCUCGCCCGGCUUCCGUCUGCUGGUCCCUAUGCAGCGGCCCGAUGGUGCCUCCCACAGGCAGGUGAAGAGGAAGAACACUGCCGCGCACAGCGGCGGAGAGAUGGAGGUGGAGACGGAGAUGGAGGAGGGAGAGCCGCCCAGGGCUCUGCCCCUCAGCCUGUGAGCACGGGCUGGACUGGACACCUGCUGGGCCCUAGCAGUCGUCCCACCUCAUGCCUCUUAGCAGUUUGUUUCUCAGGUGCUGAACCCCAGUCUGAACGGGCGAAAGCGGUUCGUUCCCAUACAUCAGAUCACCCACUGUGAGCUUUAAAAGAAUUCUGGCCUCCAAAAUACAGAUGUGAAAAUGAGCGGAAGCGAGUGGGGGGCCAGUUAGUAUUUUAUGAGUGUGUGCUAACGCAUCACUGGCAGAUUUCAUUCACUGCAGUUUAUUUGGAUGACAUGUUCUUUUAAGAAGGGAAAAGGAAGAACUGAUGGUGAUUAUCCCUUCAUUCUCAUUAAUCAUUAAUUUUAAUCAUUUGGCAAUAGGCAGAUCUGCCCUACAGUUUCUCGAUGACCAAACCUCUGGAAUUCCUGCAGAGCUACUUCUGCACCCAUGUGUCUGAACUUUCUGAACUUUGCCAAAUGUAUGGC